AUGACGCCCGGAUUCGGUGCAUCGACUUCGCAAUCGGCCGCCUCGCCCUUGCUGCCCCCCGGCGCCAUACUACCUCUUUCAGCAUGCAAAUCACUGGGUGAUCUCGAAGAAGUGAGUCGCGCUCUUCUUUCUCCCAAAGCCGCUGUAUACUUCGACAGCGGUGCGGAGACAUUAUCCGCCCGCAACCGGAAUAGAUCCGACUGGACGCGCAUCGGCUUCCGGCCCCGCGUCCUCCGGAAUGUCGCGACUGCCUCCAUGAAGUGCUGGAUAAUGGGCUCAGACAGCAGUAUGCCCAUUUUCAUUGCUCCGGCUGCAGCUGCGCGCCUGGGACACAAGGAUGGCGAGCUCUGUCUCGCCAGUGGAGCUGCGCAGAUGGAUAUUCCGCAAUGUGUUUGCACCUACUCGUCCGUGUCGCCCGGAGAUGUGAUGGAGUUCUUCCAAAGCGCUCCAGGGCGUCGCGGUGGAGCCUUGUUCUUCCAGCUCUACAUGCCCAAGGUCAAGCAAGAUGCCGCGAAGCUGAUUGAUAUGGCCAAAAAGGCUGGCUUCAGCGCUCUAGUGGUUACUGUCGACUCUCCAGUGAUUGGGAAACGGGAUGACGACGAUCGCUUCAAGGCUUUGUUAGAUCUAGAAGCUGGCCUUGAUGUGGAGCGCACAGGCGGCCAGGUAUCACUUCCGGGCAACGAGGCAGAGACACUACGGGGCGUGCAUUGCUCCACUCUGGAAUGGGAUGAUUUGCCAUGGAUCCGGAAAUGCUGGGGAGAGAGACCGAUCAUUUUGAAAGGUAUUCAAACCGUUGAAGAUGCACUUGAAGCAACACGGCACGGUGUGGAUGGAAUAUACCUGAGCAACCAUGGCGGGAGACAGCUUGACUACGCACCAAGUCCCGUCCAGGUGCUCCUAGAAAUCAGGAAGAAAUGCCCCGAGAUCUUCCACAAAACGGAGGUGUACGUCGAUGGCGGGAUUAUGAGAGGGACGGAUGUUGUGAAGGCGCUCUGUCUUGGGGCACGCGCUGUUGGUAUCGGUCGCGGAUUCUUGUACGCUUUGAGUGCGUAUGGGGCCGAAGGGGUUUUGAAGGCUAUCCAAAUUCUGAGUGAUGAGAUACAGACCACCAUGAGGUUGCUUGGUGUGACGACAAUAUCUCAGCUGAACAGCGAGUACAUCAACCUGGACGAGUUUGAGCACCACUGCAGCACAAGAGCGGGCUUGUCGAAGAUAUAA